UAAAAGCAUACACGAGUUUUGUAAAACGAUCUUUUAGAUAUUUUUAAUUAAUAAUUACUUGUUAUUAGUUAUUUCUUUAUAAUGUCUUGUUUAGAGAAGAAACGUAAACCUAUGGUGCCUUUGAAAACUUUAGAUGUAAUAUUUCGACGGCGUUAUGUACCAAACACACAAUUUUAUUUUGCCAAUAGAAAACACGCCGUUACCCAAGAAAUAACGAAAGCAAAACGAACUAGACCCUUUCAGGUUCCACGGUCGGAGAAAUUAUUAUCGUACAUAAAAUAUAGCGAUCGCAAAGAAAAGCUAUGUGCGAGGGAAAGAUUAGCACAACCUCUACACCUGAAAGAUAAUUUGAGAAUAGCAGCAACGAGGGACAUUUCCAAGCGACUUUUUCUGGAAGAACCAGCCGACGAUGUUCGAGCAGUGGUCGAAAUUCAUCCAGAAUUUUAUACGGUCAUUGAAGGGCGCCCCUUGAGAUGCUUUGACGACAUAAAAGUUUAUACAAACAACAUUCGAAACUACGCCAUGAAUCGCCAACAAAUUGGAUACAGGCGCGAUUUGGUAUUAAAAAUAGAGCAAAGCAUGGUAGAAGAGUCGAAGCAAAUUGAUCAAAUAGUUGAAAAUCUAAAACAACACAUAAAAAACUUUCAAAAAUUCUUAACGGAGGACUAUAAAAAAGCAUGUGUGAAAGUGUCAAGAGCUGAACAUGUUUACUCAGAAUUAGUUGCAAAAAAUUCGGAAUUUCUCGGUUAUGUAUCGACAUUAUCGAUUAUGAAUAAUAUUAUAUUCAAGUUGGAUGCCAUCAGAGGAAUUUUGAAAAUAUAUCGUAGAUACUUAAUAUUUGUCGCUCCAUUGCUAUGGAGACAACAAAACGACGAGACUCUCAGAGGAAAAGUGCAGUCGAUUCAAUUUGAAGCCGGUGAAUUUGCAACUGACAAUGAUUUGGUUGAAACUUUGGGAAUCGAUAAAAUAAUUGAAGCUGCGAAAGUCGAGUUCAAAAAACCACUACCUAACUGCAUGUACUUUAAAAAACCAGAUCAAAUGAUUUACAUUUUCCGCACAAUGGAACUGCAGAGCCGGGAAUAUUUAAAACAACUUGCUAAAACAGACGCUCCGUUCAGGAUAUUGCAGGAACGUAUCAAACAAUUGAAGCAAGCCACAAAACAAGAACUGGAUUACUUUCAGUAUUACAUAGACAGCAUACAUAAUGAGAUCGCUCGGGAAACAUACAAUGAAAACCAUUUACAGGAUAAGUUUUUUCGUAUAUUGAAUGAAAGCUUCUAUGACAGUGUAGCUAGCCCUAGUACACUGAAAAUGAAAAUUUGUAUAGAAUACGUUUACGAGCAAGUAUUUGGAAAAUGUGAGGAGGGUCAUCAAAGUAUACAAGAUCCUAUGAAAAUCUUGGAGGUUAUGUACGAAGAUUAUAAUUUGCGUCUUGAUUCAUUAGACUUCAAGAUUGUGAACCAGGCUCGCAACGAUUUCUUCGCUCAGGAUUUGAAGAUGAUGAGGAAUGCGUAUAAAGCUCAGAGAGAAUUAAGAGCGUUCAGAGAGAUGACUAAUGCCAUGAAUAAGGCAUUCUUGCCCCCGGCGAAGUAUAAACGGCCGGUGUUUAAAAAGUUUUUGGACAAGAAAAGCCGCAUCGCACUGGUAGUUGCAGAAAGGAGGAAAUCGCAAAUGGAAAGUGGAGAGCGCCCUAGGGCCAGAAAAUAUAGAUUAACACCCGAGGAGAGGGAGGGGCUCAUGUUGUUUACCGAGUGGUGCGAAGGAAUGCACCCGGGACCUUAUUUACGAGAGUAUUAUACAUUUGUAAAACCAGCUUUCGAAUGGGUACCCCGCAAGUCUGUUAUGCCUUAACAUUGUUCUUGGUUUAUUUUUAACUAAAUUAAAUUAAAUGUU